AUGAAAGAAAGCGUCUAUUAUAUUGCAUCUCGUUCUAGUAUUAAAGAGGUUAAAAAUAUGUCUAUUAAUGAGUCAUCUCAGGAUGAAGAUCUAAAGGAUGAAUUGGAUACACAAUUUAAUAUAAGACUUAUUGCUUUUAGAUGGAUUCCUAAAGACUCUCAUCAGGAUGUAGCAGUGGAAGAUGAUCAUUUUGGGCAAUGGUUUGUUGACAGCAUUAUAGAGAAUGAGGAGAAUAUAAAAAACAAAGGUUUUGUUGAUGAACUAUUAUUUUAUAGAAGAGUAUGGGGUUUGGCACGUACUGCAACAAACAAGCAAAAUUCUGAUUUAGAUGAUGAUUCAAAUAAAGAAAAUGAGUUAAUGAAUGUUCAACUUAGAAAUCCACAAAAAGUAAUUACAAAAAGCAGACCAAAAUCUGUAAGUCAUCAUAACAAUGAGACAAAUAGGAAGAAUAAAAAUACAAUGCAAGAAUUGACGACACAUAGAAAGAGAAAAAGGGGUCUGAAUCUUUGUAGUAACUGUAAAAAACCAGGUCAGAACAUUGCUAGGUAUCCUAAAAAAGAUAUAGAGCAAACAAGUGAAGAAGAGACAGAAGAAGAGAUGAAAUAA